AUGAGGCUGCAUCCGGACACUCACACAAAGAAGUGGCGGUUAUCCGGAAAAAGUCCGGCAAAACGGAUUACAGACAAAUUCGGCCACUACCGCACAUGCGCAGUGGUGGCCAAUAGCGGCAUCCUGCUGGGCAGCCACUGUGGGAACGAGAUCGACUCACGGGAUUACGUCAUCAGGAUGGACUUGCCCUUGAUCAGAGGGUUCGAAGAUGAUGUCGGCAGGAGGACCAACAUGACCAUGCUCAACUCCAGCACGCCGAAACGCGUCAAGGCGUCUUCGCAUCUGAAGAACAGAACUCAGGACGUGUAUGAGCGGCGUAUGAGGGACAUAGAAGGCACCGUGUUGUCGGUGGGGACGGGCUCCAGGAAAAGGAUGGUCGAAGCGGCGCAACUCUACAGACUUUCCUUUUUACUGCUUUCUACCAGGGGAAACCAAAGGACUGGAAUUAAGAAACUUGCGUCCGAGUUGGGAAAGCAGAGAUUUGGCGGUUCGGUAAUUCCCACGCUGGGCAUGAUGACGGUUCUGAUGACGACGACGUUCUGUGACGUUCCUCACCUGUACGGCUUCUUCCCUUUCCAACGUGACGCCCGGAACACGCCCAUCCCCUACCACUACUACCCAGGAGACUACAUCAAACCUAUUAUUCAAAAUAAUGCAGGACAUCAUCACAUGGCGCGGGAGUAUGACUUCUUCAGGGGGCUGCAUAAGGAAGGGGUGCUGAAGAUGCAUGUUGGUCCUUGUACAAGGGAAUCGCCAUAG